AUGAGCAAGGUGUUUAGUGAAAGCUUCUGCGUCACUAGUCAUCAGUCGAAAAGCAUUGAGAGCCAGAAGCCUUUUAAGAUGCCCAAAGGUCAGUUGGCACAAAACCGCACGGGCGUUGGAUAUGGGCAGUGGGUAGCUCCGGGUGCGCGACCUAUGGGUGUCGAAGGAAAAAGCUUCCCGAAAAAAGGCUGGGCCCAGCCACCGUUCGCUCAAAACUUUGCAAAGAAACCAAAAAAGGAGACGGAUCCCACCGGUAAAACACCUGCUAUGCUUCUGCACGAGUUGUACAAAGACAUAGUGGAAGCAUACGAGGAGGUUGCCGCUCAUCCAAAGGCUUAUCGCUGUCUUCUCACCGUUGCCGGACAACAGUUCUCAAUGGUAGCUCCAGCUAAGAAAACUGCGAAGCAGAAAACCGCUGAAAUGGCUUUGCGAGCCCUUCGACCAGAUUUGAACAUUGCUCCAUUUGAAGACGGAGUUGUUACUUUACCCGUCAAAGAAGGAGCAGUUAUUGCCGCGGCACCGAUUCAACGCCCAGCCAAGAUGGAAACCGAAGAUGCACCUCCAGCCAAGAAGAUCAAGUUGAAUGCGUUAGAAUCAGCGCUGUCUCUGCUUGACUGCAUGCGGAAACUGUGCGCCGAGCGUGUUUCCGAAGGUCCCUUCAAUCCCGUUUUUGAUAUCACCGACAUCACAGAGAGUAAUGCUGCUCUUGGAGAGAAGCGGAAGUUCAGGGCUACGCUGACGUUUGCGGAACAGGGCAAGAUCUACACCCAUGAGGGUUUCGGAAAAAUGUCCACUAGAGAUGUGGCAGUGCGAGAGGCGUUGCUGGAUCUCUUCCAAGUUCCACAGGCUGAUAUUCGCAGAAUUGUUCGCCGUCAUCUUAUGGGAAAACUCACCGAUAUGCCUAUAAUUCAGACGCUCUAUCAAGUCGCCCAUCUAUGUGGAUGUGAGGUGCAAUUCAAGGUAGACAUCAGUACCGACAAGGCGAUUGGCCAUCUACCGCCAUCUUUUGUCGCCGUCUGCACACUCAUCGAUCAUUCCAGUAUUUUGCUUUUGCCCUACGUUCUUUUCUCUCUCUCAUAA